UUCUUUCCCUCUUGUCAAACCACCUACCAAACAGGAGCUAGCUGUCCAUUCAGGAAGAAACGGGUCUGAUUAGCCUAGCUAGCCCAGGUUCCUGAAAACCUUUAUAGUCUAAAAAUGGCGUCGGUGAACCCGUUUAAUCUGAGUGAUUCUGAAGAGGAGGCAGAACGGCGUCCUAAUGAAACAGUUGACACGGAGAGGAGCCCCAGUGAUGGGGCCCCGGGGCCGCCUCUCGGUAACCCAUUCUCCCCUCCUGCGGACGCCGAACCUCCGACCCUCCUGCUGUCCAGUAACCGGACCAGCCCCAGUGGGGAGGGCACCGCGGGCUCUGCCGCAGCAGGCUCCGGUAUGGGUGGUAGUGAAACCCGGGUCUCUGUGGAUGUGAUCGCGGCUCAGCUGCUCCGGGACCAGUACAUCCUCACGGCCCUGGAGCUCCACACCGAGCUGCUGGAGGCUGGCAGGGAGCUGCCCCGGCUCAGGGAUUACUUCUCCAACCCCGGCAAUUUCGAGAGACAGAGCGGCACCCCUCCGGCCAAAGACCCGGGACUGGGACCUGGAGGACCGCUGAACCGGGCAGGCAGCAUCAGCACCUUGGACUCUCUGGAUUUUGCGCGAUACUCAGAUGACGGCAACAGAGAGACAGAUGAGCGGGUGGCAGUGCUGGAGUUUGAGCUACGGAAAGCAAAGGAGACCAUUCAGGCUCUGCGCGCCAACUUGACUCAGGCAGCAGAGAGCGAGGUGCCCUCUCAGGAGAGGAAGAACUUCAAGUCCAGCCCUGAAAUCCAGGAGCCCAUCCGCCCUCUGGAGAAAAGAGCCUUAAACUUCCUGGUGAAUGAAUAUUUAUUAAAGAAUGAGUACAAGCUCUCCUCCAUCACCUUCUCGGAUGAAAACGACGAUCAGGACUUUGAGUUGUGGGAUGAUGUGGGCCUGAACAUCCCCAAACCCCCCGACCUGCUGCAGCUCUACAGGAACUGUGGCACCCCCCUCCCCUCACCUCGGGACACAGUCGACGUGUCUGUCGGCGUGGAUUUUGGUGAUCUUCCAGGAAACUGCAUGUCUCAAGAGCCCCCAAAGAAGCCAGACCUAUCACAGCAGCAGCAGACUGAAGUGGUAGAAGAGCUGGAGUAUCAGAUCAGCCUCCUCAACAAUGAGAAGCAGAGCCUGGCUGAGCAGAUCAAGAAGCUGCAGAGUGAGAUUCAGACUUUGAAGAGGACUGUCUCCGCCCCUCCUCCAGCCUCACUGGACCUCAGCUCCCAGAAUACAUCGAACCCACCCUCCUCCUCAUCAACCAGCGCCCCCUAUACGGCCCAUCACUCAGCACCUCUGACAGAUAACGGCCAGUAUCUAGACAUCCGGGGGGUCUCAGACGCUGAAUCCACCCCUUCCUCUACCCAGAACACAUCACAGCCCCACCCACCGCCACACAACAAGCUGAGAAGUCGACCUCCUGUCCAGUUUGAUCAGCCCAACAGGAAGUUAUCCCCGGCCUUCCAGCAAGCGCUGCUGUCCUUCUGCAGAAUGUGCUCCGACAGCCGCCUCGGAGCAGAGGUGUCUCGUAUCGCUGACAGCGAGGAGAGCGUGAUGCUGAUGCUUGGCCGCUGUCUCCCUCACAUCGUCCCUAAUGUCCUUCUGGCUAAAAGAGAGAGAAUGGUUGCACAUCUUUGCCAGGAGCUGAUACCCCUCAUCCUGUGCACCGCCUGCCUUCACCCAGAGCCUAAAGAACGAGACCAGCUCCUCCACAUCCUGUUCAACCUCAUCAAGAGACCGGACGACGAGCAGAGGCAAAUGAUCUUGACGGGCUGCGUUGCGUUUGCGAGACACGUUGGUCCUACGCGGGUCGAGGCUGAACUUCUUCCUCAGUGCUGGGAACAGAUUAACCACAAAUAUCCUGAGAGGAGACUGUUGGUGGCGGAGUCCUGUGGAGCCUUAGCACCGUACCUGCCUAAGGAGAUCCGGAGCUCCUUGGUGCUGUCCAUGCUGCAGCAGAUGCUUGCUGAGGAUAAGGCUGACAUGGUCAGAGAGGCUGUGGUUAAGAGUCUGGGCAUUAUCAUGGGUUACAUCGACGACCCUGACAAGUACUCCCAGGGGUUUGAGCUUAUGCUGUUGUCCCUCGGGGAUCCCUCAGAGCGAGUGGUCAGUGCAGUCCACCAGGUCUUCAUUCCUGCCUUUGCUGCCUGGACAACAGAGCUGGGUACUCUGUACACGGCACUGAUCCCGUCUCUGCUGGCACGUAUAGAGAAGCUGCUGCUGCAGGGGGAACACGGUCUGGACGAGCAUAAGCUGCACGUCUUUCUGUCGGCGCUGCAGUCUCUCAUCCCUCCUCUGUUCGCCGUGGUUCUACAGAACGCCCCGUUCACCAGCAGAGCCAAACUCCACGGAGACAUCCCUGCGAUAGAGGUGACCCGGUUCCCCAGACCAGCGUCACCGCUCCAGGAUGUGGCGACUAUCAUCGGCAGCAGAGAGAUGCUGAGCGCUCUGCUGCUUCUCUACGACCAUCAGCUAGAGCACGAAGGAACCACGGGCUGGGACAGUCUGCUUUGGGUGGUCAACCAGCUCCUCCCUCAGCUCAUAGAGAUCGUUGGUCGGAUCAACGUGACUUCGUCAACCUGUGUCCACGAGUUCUCCCGCUUCUUCUGGAGGUUCUGUCGCACCUUUGGAAAGAUUUUCACAAACACUAAGGUGAAACCCCAGUUCCAGGAGAUCCUCCGCCUCUCUGAGGAGAACGUCGAUGCCUCAGCAGGAAAUGAUAUCCUCACCAAAGCCACCGUCCCCAUCUACGCCACUGGAGUGUUGACAUGUUAUAACCAGGAGGAGGACCGUAAGCUGUUGGUGGGUUUCUUGGAGGACGUUAUGACAACACUAUCGCUGUCUCACGCUCCCCUCGACAGUCUGAAGGCCUCCUUUGUGGAGCUCGGUGCCAACCCAGUCUACCAUGAACUCCUGCUGACCGUCCUGUGGUACGGGGUCGUCCACACCUCUGCUCUGGUCAGGUGUACAGCAGCACGGAUGUUUGAGCUGCUGGUGAAGGGGGUGAAUGAGACGCUGGUAGCUCAGAGAGUGGUGCCGGCUCUCAUCACGCUGUCCUCCGACCCUGAAAUCUCAGUGAGGAUAUCCACCAUCCCUGCCUUUGGCACCAUCAUGGAGACGGUUACUCAGAAAGAGCUGUUGGAGCGUGUUAAAAUGCAGCUGGCCUCGUUCCUGGAGGACCCUCAGUACCAGGAUCAGCACUCUUUACACAUGGAGAUCAUCAGGACCUUUGGACGGGUUGGACCAAAUGCAGAGCCUCGCUUCAGAGAUGAAUUUGUGUUGCCUCACCUUCACAAGCUGGCACUCGGUAACAACAGCCAGACGGUGGAUAGCAAGAGGAUUGACAUCGCCACCCAAUUGUUUGAGGCCUACAGCGCCCUCUCCUGCUGCUUCAUAUCAGAGGAAGUGAUGGUUAACCACUUCCUGCCUGGCCUCAGAUGUCUCCGCACUGACAUGGAGCAACUUUCUCCAGAACACGAGGUUAUUCUGAGCUCCAUGAUUAAAGAGUGUGAAAUCAAGGUGGAAAACAGAGGAAUGGCAGACGCACAAGGCUCCAUGUCCAUCGCCUCCAGUUUGGUGGGCGAGGAUGCGAAGACCAAGUUCCUGAGCAAGAUGGGCCAGCUGACCACAUCUGGCGCCAUGCUGGCUAACGUCUUCCAGAGAAAGAAGUGAUGAACCGCUGCUACUUACCCAUGAUGCUCUGCUGUCUAUGGGAGCUUUCACUGACAGAGGAGAGCUGCAGGAACAGAAAAACUCCUUUAUUAUUCAUUCCAGAUUAACGGAGGUUUGUGUUGAAUUAAACGGUCACGGCGGCCGGACUCUUUAACGGUGAAUGCAGCAUUUCUCUGCAGUGAAAGCCGAGGUUGGCGUUCCUCUCCUUCGUCCUUCACUAUGAUGAAAACGCCGUCAUGAAUCCGCCUUCAUGCUGUCAUUUCAGAGCGGAGGAGAGAGAGGAACCAGACCAACAGGACUGAGACUCUCCUGGACUUUUCUGGAGUCAAACACUUUAGGUUCCUAUCAGAAGAGCUUCACUCGUCCGAGCACCGCCUGCUGGAUUUAUGUUGACAUUUGAAGCGCCACUUUGGAGGGAACCGUGCUGUGGAAGCUGGGAUUGGCUGUAGAAUAAUUGUCCUGAUGGCCGUGAUGAAUGCAGAGUCUGCACAGCUCGGAACGAUCGCCUACUUGAAGAUCUCUCUAAAAACGUCUUGCCUUUAUUUCUUCAAAGUCUGUCUCUGGUUUUUGUUUUGAUAGCUUCUAUUUUAUAACUUAUUUAUGUCUUAAUGAAGGAGAACGUACCUUAUUCCAACUUCCAAAGAAAUUUGCACUUCACUUGUUUUGUUCUGUAUUAUUAUGAGGAUGUAUGAUUGUUUUAAUUCUGAGUCUUAUAAGAAUCAGACGCUGGCACACAGGGCCAUUCUGACGGUUAAAGAACAUAGAAAGGAGACUGAGAUUUACCAGAAAAAAAAAACAACAAAUAUUUAACUUUUAAAAAGUCAGAAUCGUACAACAUCCUGUAAAAUGUUCUGUUUGUGAAAUGUUAAAAUUUAACAAGAAAACCCCAGAAUAUUUGCGACUAUGAAGGAGGCUACCUGGGGGAAAAGCAGACCAGAAUCAGCCAUCUGUCUUCUGUCAUACCUGCCCUGAUCAGCAGAAUCAAACUACUGUAUGAUCGCCUCUACUAACAUGAGUUUAAAGUCUAACGCUUGUUUCUUUUUAGUAUUUUAUCCCACCUCCAUGUCCAUAAUUAUUAAUAAUAAUUAGAUCCACUAUGGAGCAGAUAAACAGGACUCUACUUCCAGAGCCAGACUGUUUAGCUCUAGCACUCUAAUUUCCAGCAGGGACUUUGAAAAACCUCCCAGAGCUGAUGGAUAGUCCACAUCCAUGUCUGUCAUCAGGAGGAUCCAUCUCUAAAAGCUUGAAGCUGAUUGGCUUUGUCCUUGGUCAAAAAAUGACCGACCAAUCAGCAUCAUUAGAGGAGAAAGAGGCGGAGCUACAUGUGUGUUUUAGAUGCAGAGACUCUAAUCCUGUAAACUUUUGCAGCCGGUGAAGAGACAAUCAUGGAAGCAGCUAAAGCAGAAGUUAAAUCAGAAGAGUAAAGAACCACCCUGGAGGAUUUCACUGCUGUUAGAGUCGGUUCUGCUCUUCUUCAGAUGUUUGUUUUCCUCCUGGCUCCACUGAUAGUGAACCAUGAGAAAGGCUGCCUGAAGGGCUCAUCUACAUCAGGUGUUUAGUUUCUCUGAUUGGCCUGUUAUAAAUGGCACAGAACAGUCAUCCAUCCUCCGAGUUUUAUUUUGAAAGGUCUGCUCUUCCUAAACACCAUCUACUGUUUCCCAGAUGGAUGUUUGAUUUAUCCCAUAUUGAUGUGAAACAGCUGAUCUGGUCUGGUUUUCUUUAAGGUCCAGAUAAUUCUGGACUCAAGUCUCAGAUUUCUUAAACGUCAAACGACUCCAUCCUGUAGUUUUUCCUCCAAGUACCGGCCUAUUUCUGACUUCAUGAUGCUGAAUGCUGAAGUUUGAUGUCCGGCUUCAUUCACAUCUCCUUUCUAUUUUCGUAUUUCAGAAUGUCCCUAUCGUGCUGCCGUAGAAUGAUCACUACUGUCUAAGGACUUCUUCUUGAGUUUUUCUGUCGGCAUUGAACAGUACUCUGACUGUGUGGCCGUGUCUCUGAUUCUGUGAUUUCUAAAGUGUUCUACUUUUGCUCUGAGAGUAAACGCCUGUAUCAUACACUGAACCUGGAGGACGGUACUCACCUGUAGAUUUGAAUUUGGUGUCAUGGUGUAAUAAAACAUGAAGAACA